AUGGCCGCGCCCAUACGAACGAAUGAGAUUCCUGCCCAAGCAAAUGCCCUCUUUGAAGAUUCCGGCUUCUUUUGCCGCCACCCAGAUGUCCCUCUCCCUACACUGUCAGAUGUCAAGGUGGAAUGCGAGGAGCAGAACUCGCCUGGCCUGAGCGAGGCCAUACAACCCCUUCCGUUCAUGUAUGAGUCUCUCGGACUUUUUGUUGUGAAAUUUGUUUCGCAAGACCCGGUUCGCUAUCCGUACCGCCUCCGGACCUUUCUUGACGCUUCUAAUAAACUCAUCAGCCUGGCUCGCAUUGACGGCUCGGCACUGUACGAUGUCGAGGUCAACGACAACAGGGGCAAAAGGCCGUGA